CAACACUGUCCCACUAUCAGGCAGUCGUUUCACAACACUCGCCUUUUUUACGCAAAUUUCUCGCCACGUAAAGUGGUCCGAUAUUAGUUUUGAAAUACCUGACACACAACUAGCAAUUUCACCAUGGCUCCACCACAGAAGGGCAAGCAGGGCACGAAGGGCGCCAAGCAAAUCGUGGAGGAAAACAAGACGACACUGACUUUCUACAGAAACAUGGCCAUUGGCUGCGCUGCACCUGCUCUUCUGCUCAGUUCGCUAGUCUUCGAGAUCACCAAAACCUCGGUGUUCAUGCACAUCCUGGCAUUGCUAAUCCUUGUCGGCGCCUACCAGUUCAUGGCCUUCAUGUCCCGGCCGAAAUACUCCGAGAGCGGGGCUCUUGUGGACUCGGGUAAUGAUCUAAACAUGGAAGGCGGCAUUGCGGAAAAUGUCAAGGAUCUGAUAAUCCUGACUUCCGGCACGCUUCUGCUUGCCUUGAUCUCCAACUACUUCUGGCUGGUGCUUCUCCUGGCGCCUGUACGGGCUGGAUGGAUGCUCUGGGGUACCGUCAUCCAACCUUGGCUGUCCCAGCGAAACGCCCAGGACGAGAGUCCCGAAGUGGACGAAAAGAAGCAGAAGAAAAUGGAGCGCAAGAUGCGGCGUAUGAGAUAGGAGUCGUCCAACACCACCAGCCAAGGGGUUGCUCGCUUUAGUGGUUAGGGGUAAAGGUUGGUUCCUGGUUCCAAUGAGAUUCUACGCUUAGUUGUGUGUGCGUUUCCAAAUUGUUAAUAUUCGUUCGGCAAAUUAAACUCGUCGGAGACAAAAAAGCA